CGGAACAGUAUAAAUCAAAAAUCCAUGUAAAUACCAAAUGCAACAAAGGCCUUUGUUCUUGAACCAAGACAUGGCGAACAUACCAGAGUCCAAGAAACAAUCCGUGUCUUUCGACAAAGCGCUAGGUCAGCCUAAAGGCUUGCCUCCAACUUUUCCUCCAUUUCCGGCAGCGCCACAUGGUGUCAACAUCAUUCCUUUCGAAGAUUUUACGCCAUACGGCUACAAACGCCUUACAACAGAGACUGGAGAAGAAAUCGAAGUUGAUGCUCUUGGUGGCUUGCCUACCGUGAAGGUUCUCUCCGAUGAAGAGGUCAUUCAGAGAAAUAAAGAUAGAAAACGGCGCAGAAAUGCAGGACAGAGCGCGGACGCCACAGGAAGAAUUGUGCCGUGGUGGGAGGAAUGGGAAGAGGGUGAAAACUCGCGUACCAUGAGCGAGCCGAUAGAACUGGGGAAAAGCCUCAUCGAUCGGGUACACCAAGCUACGGAUGACUUCCGGGUUGGUCGUACUUGGCCCCCGAUAGCUCUCGGAGUCAGAACAUUAUGGGAUCAUUUUCGUCUGUACAUUGGCCUUCUGUCUAGCCUGCCGAUCUAUCGCAAAGUCAAGAAGUCUAAGGGCGCCACAGACAUGUCUUAUGAAGGUGGCGGUGCCUCGGAUAACGAUGAUGCCCCCAAAGCAAAACAAAUAAAUCUCAAUAUUAUUCAAGAUCCUUUGGAACAGAUCGCCCAUCCAGGCAAACAGCUAGAGCCAAAUGAAGGGGAAGCAGACAUCAUGGCUUGUUUACUUGAAACUUUUCUUGAAGACAUGGAGAAGUCUAUCAAGGUCUUCAUGUCUUCAUACAUGCGUGAUAGAGGUUUAAUCUGGUCGGAACGCAACCUUUUCACUGCACCCACAGUACUGCACUUUUUCCUUCGGUUCAUGCAGCGGAACGGGGUUUUCGCUGGUUUCGAGACUCAUACCGAGAACUUAAACCGCGCGGUGGCCGUCGCGGAGCUCGCUAUCAAGGAGCUUCCAUCGACGGCCAGGGUUGCGCGAGUUUUGCCUGGCAUGUUCGACGCUGCGUGCAAAGAGUGCUGGGGAUAUAAAGGAAGCCUCAGCAUGUACAUCUCCGCCACUCUUGACUCCGAAGAUGAAUGUACUACUGAUACACCCGCUUCGUCGGCGGUUGGUGCAUUUGAGGAGGCACUUAAAGCUGAUAACGCUGAAAUCGUAUCCUCAGACGUUGUCCUUGACUCGUUGGUGGCGAAGGAAGUUUUGGAUGACACCUUCGGCGCUGAUGAUGGCGUGAAUGUUUCCCCUCCUCCAGUGGAUGACCCUUGGGCUGCAGCUAUUACCGCAGGGCAGAACACCACGGCCUCGUGGACUGAUGUCAAAGUUGACUCACUGUUUACCUUCCUCGGCCCAACUCAAUUACCUUUGACACACACCACAGGUGUUGUCGAGUUCUCCACACGCAAAGUCAAAGAAAUAAUACUGCCAGAGGCUAUCAGCUCAAUCCCAGACGCUCCCUCCACAGCGGUUGAACAGGCGCUAGGAAGUCGAUUCGCUCGCAUCGUGAUGGAACCUUGGGUUCGCACCCCAACAGACGAACUUCUUGAUAUCGUGAGACCUGUCAUCACGUCUUCCAGUCGUGGAGCCGUCAUCAAGGACCCAUUCGCAGAUGACAUUGAUGUGUCUGAUACCCACUCCCCUUCUGAUGCCUAUAACCCCUGCCGUGACGACCUGACCAUACUCAUCGAGCCAACGUCCGUAGAUUGCUUCCAUGUCGGCCUUGGCUUGUGCGGCACAUGGGUCCAAAUGGCUCGCUGCGAAGAUGUAGAGAGUUCUGUCACUGCUACAGAUCAAGAUACCCCACACGUCAGCAAGCAUCCUCGCGAUUGCUUCUGGUACCUGGAAGACGUUGUAUCCAUCUUCCCCAGCUUUUACACGGAGUCAGAGGUGGAAAUUGACCUUGGCCAAACAAGCGACAAUGAUGACCUUUGAGAGGUCACGGUUCCGCAGCUUUUUGAUAUCCCCAUGUACAGGAAGAAAAAAUAAUUGCGGACGACAGAACUUUCAUACAUGCAAGAAUGUUCGAAGGCCGUACAAAGUAGAGAACAGAGAGAGAGACGAUCUUGACACCAAGUACUUGCUGUACUUCCCUGUAUCAGCACGAUGGAGAUGGUUCACACAUGACCUGGCGCACUUGUUAAGUAAAUGCGAGCGAGA